AUGGUAUUUGAAGGCAAGUUCGAUAGCCCAAGUAAGGUGAUUGCUGCUGCUAUAUCAGGUCUCAAAUGUUUUCAAGAAUAUAGACUUGAGGGGAACCAGACCAAGGGGGUAAAUAUCCAAAGAAGGAAAGAUACAAAGUGGAAGCCACCAGAUGAAGGUGUAACAAAGGUAAAUUUCGAUGCUGCUAUUGAUAAACCGAAUAACAAAGUUAGGUUGGGUAUAGUAGCAAGGAAUUAUGAGGGAGAGCUUUUAUUCUCAUUAUGUGCCUCAAAGAUGUUUAGUGGAAGUUCAGAUUUGGCUGAAGCUAUUACCUUAUGGAGAGCUAUGGAGCUUGUUGUGGAACUAGAUGGUCGAAAUGUGGCUUUUGAAGGUGAUGCUGAAAGAGUAAUAAAAGGGGUAGCAGGGAAGGGAAUCAUAUGUGCUUCAAUGGCUCAGCUUUUUGAUGAUAUGCGAAGCAAACUGGUUCAUAGGAAAGAUUGGUCUAUGGAAUUCAUUUAUAGGGAAGGCAAUAGUGUGGCUCAUGAACUUGCUAAGAGGGCGUUGAGAAUGGAAGGGGAAUGUUGCUGGAUUGAAGAGAGACCUAUUGAGAUUGUUGAUAUUGUUAAGAGAGAAAUGCUUUGUACUAAUUUAGAGCAACAUCUUGUGGGUGACAGAGUGUAA